AUGAACUGGACUGAACUCAGUCCAGAUCAUACGGAGCUCUGCGGCUUACCAAACAUGAAGGGCUUUUUAUACAGUCAGGAUGGUUCAUUUGCCUUUCCACUCGGUCCAAAAGUCACAACUAUUGGACGAGAAAAUUGUGAUAUUAGUAUAAAUAGCCCUCAUGUAGAUGGUCAACAUGCACUCAUGGAAUACGAUGAUGACAGCCGUUGUUUCAUCUUAAAAGAUUUAAACUCAACAACCGGAACGUACGUUCAUGACUGUCGUAUACAAAAUGCGGCUGUACGAUUAGCGGAUGGAGAUACCGUACGAUUUGGUUUCAAUGGACUACCGUUAGAAUUUAGAAUUGAACAAGAUCCAAUAAGCACAAUGCCCUCGAUCUAUCAACGUCAAUCAAAUACAAAUUCGUUGCAAAUGAUAACACAGACGAUACCAGCUAGAAGGAUAACAAAUGGCAUAACAUCGACAACAUCGAACACGAUAGAUCCACUUAAUCCAAUUAUCAAUGGAAAAAACUAUAGGCAAAAUUCAGCAUUCUCAUUGAGAAAUCGCCCGUCAAGUGCGGGUGGUAGCAAUGGGCAAAAGAAAACUCUUAAUGGUAGUUAUUUUUCAAAUGGUGUAAAAGAUUCAAUUUCACAACCGCCAGUUAGAGCUAAUGCUUGGGCAAACGGAGUUAAUGUAAAUACUCAACAAAAUGGUUCUAAUACACGCAGUUACGUUAGCGGUAGUUUUACCGGUGAACUUGAUCUUCCUCAACAGAAUGAUAAUGAAAUAACAAAUCGUGUAACACAACUAGAAAAAGAAGUCAAAGGUCGAGAUACGGAAAUUCGUGAUUUAACUGAUAGAUUACGUAAUUUGGAACCAUUAAAUUCUACAGUUACAAAUGAAGUUCACACUAUGAAAAGCGAAUUAGACAAAGUAAAACGAGAAAAACAGGCUGCAUCUGGUCUCGUAUCAAGUUUACAACGAGAUUUACAUUCCAAAGAAUCGAGUCUAACAAAAUUGAGUCGUGAAAUCGAAGCAUUAAAAACCGAUAGUCGAGAUAAAGAUUUACGAUUACAAUCAUUACAAUCAAAACUCAAUUUAUUACGUGAUCGUGGACGUUCGGAAGAAGAUCGUCAUACAAAAGAAAAAGAGCUUAAAAUCAAAUUGGCUGAAAAUCAAAUUCAAGAAUUGAAUGAGGCUGUCAAUCGUUUAAAAUUACAAUUACAAGAUACCGAAAAGCAACUAUUGAGAUAUAAUCAAAAUGAACAAAAAUUGAAACAAGAAUAUGAACAAACGCGUGCACAUUUAAUUGAAUCACAACGAAUUGAAAAUAUUCUACGAACAGAUUUAGAAAAUAUACAAAGAAAGACGAAAUUCGAAGAUCGUUACACGGCUGAGAAGAAGACAUAA